AUGACUGUCGUGUUCAACAUUGCAUUCAAUAUGCGAGAAAGCGCCACACUAACUGCUGUCAACAUGACUACAACGAUUUAUACGACUAGUGAUGGCGAGUACCCCGUUGCAGCGCGUGGGGAGAGUUCAUCCCACGAUGCAAUCGUUGAAUACUGGUUCGAUCAGGAUACUUUUAGGGGGAAUGAGCAGGCGCAGGAGACAUGUCGGGACCUUGAGCAUACUGGACACUCGCUAGCGUCCAUUUCGCACAUUGUAUACGGCACGGAUCCAGGGUGA